ACAGUAAUAGUAUUUGUAUCAUAUGAGUAUGCAUACAUCUACGAUUACAAAAACGGGUUUGUUUUUGUGUUGUGAGCUGUGUUUGGGAUUUGACUUGUGAGAAUCAGGAUGGGAAGAAGAUCUCAUCCUUUUCUUCUUGUCUGAGACCAAAAGUCCAAACAGCGCCAAACAAACACACACUCUCUUUCUGAUUUCAGACCACACCACCAAUUUUCACUCUUCUUAUUAUUAUUACCGUAACGUCUUUGCACUUUGCAGCACACAAUAAAUUUUUUUCUUUUUGAUUUUUUACUUCUUUUAAUUUCCCCCCCAAAUUGAGAGCACCCCAUUCAUAAAUUUUCAUUUCACUUUCCUUUUUCAACCAGAUCACUGAAUCUCGGUUGUAGUACUGAGUAACGUUUGUGGUUUUUCGCAGUGCUCGAAAAUCGUGAAUAUUAUCAGGUAAUCGGGAAUCGGAUAGAAUGUGGAUGGGUGGAGCUUAGAUUUGAGGAAUGGGGUGUGUGAUUAGCAGGGAAGUGUCGAAGGGGAUAAUCUCUGAGGUGAAGGAGGAGAAGGGUUUGAGUGGUGAGAGUAAGAGGAAGGUUGGUGGAGUGUCAGGGAGCAAAGGUGAGGUAGUGGAGGUUCAGAAUGGUGAGAAGGAGAAGGGUGGUGAGGGGGUGCAGCGGUCUUGUGGCGAAAGGAGAAGAUCGAAGGCGAAUCCGAGGCUGAGCAAUCCCCCGAAGCAUUUGAGGGGGGAGCAGGUUGCAGCUGGGUGGCCGCCGUGGCUCACUGCAGUGUGUGGGGAAGCACUCAGCGGCUGGAUUCCGCGAAAGGCCGACACCUUUGAGAAAAUUGAUAAGAUUGGGCAAGGAACUUAUAGUAAUGUGUACAAAGCUAAAGACAUGAUGACAGGUAAAAUUGUUGCCCUAAAGAAGGUUCGAUUUGACAAUUUGGAACCUGAGAGUGUAAAAUUCAUGGCGAGAGAGAUUCUUAUUUUGCGAAGAUUGGAUCAUCCCAAUGUUGUAAAGUUGCAAGGUUUAGUUACAUCAAGGAUGUCCUGUAGUUUGUAUUUGGUGUUUGAUUACAUGGAGCAUGAUUUGGCUGGACUUGCUGCUAGCCCAGGAAUCAGGUUCACAGAGCCUCAGGUUAAAUGUUACAUGCAUCAGCUGUUAUCAGGACUUGAGCACUGUCAUAACCGUCAUGUACUUCACCGUGAUAUUAAAGGAUCAAAUCUUCUUAUUGACAAUGAAGGAACACUUAAGAUUGCUGACUUUGGACUGGCUUCUAUUUUUGAUCCAAACCAUAAGCAUCCCAUGACUAGUCGUGUAGUAACCCUUUGGUAUCGACCUCCUGAGUUGCUUCUUGGUGCCACAGAUUAUAGUGUGGGUGUAGACCUCUGGAGUGCCGGAUGUAUUUUAGGAGAGUUAUUGGCUGGGAAGCCAAUCAUGCCUGGUCGUACAGAGGUGGAACAAUUGCACAAGAUAUACAAACUAUGUGGUUCACCUUCAGAUGAGUAUUGGAAGAAGUCAAAGUUGCCUAAUGCUACCUCGUUUAAACCACGAGAUCCAUACAAGAGACACAUAAGAGAGACAUUUAAAGAUUUUCCACCUUCUGCUCUACCCCUCAUUGAUACACUUCUUGCAAUUGAUCCGGUAGAACGGAAAACUGCCUCAGAUGCUCUAAGAAGUGAGUUCUUUACCACAGAACCUUAUGCUUGUGAUCCUUCUAGUCUCCCAAAAUAUCCCCCAAGCAAGGAAAUGGAUGCUAAACGACGGGAUGAUGAAAUGAGAAGAGUAAGAGCUGCAGGCAAAGCUCAGGCUGAUGGUCCAAAGAAGCAUCGAACACGUAAUCGUGCUGCAAAAGCUUUUCCUGCUCCUGAAGCCAAUGCUGAGCUUCAAUCCAAUAUUGAUAGAAGACGUCUAAUCACUCAUGCAAAUGCCAAGAGCAAGAGUGAAAAGUUCCCUCCACCACAUCAAGAUGGACAAGUUGGUUUUCCUUUGGGAUCUUCACAUCACAUUGAUCCAGAUACCGUUCCUACUGAUGUCUCUUUUACUUCAACCUCCUAUACUUAUUCAAAGGAACCAUUCCAAGCUUGGUCUGGUCCCAUUGGUAAUGCGGCUGACAUUGGAGUGCCAAAGCGGAAGAAACACACUGCAGCUGAUGCAUUGGACUUAUCUAAACCACAGAAAGAUGCCCUCAAGGAUAAGGUUAAAGGAAAGAAAAGUAUAGCUUAGAUCAUAUUAGUACAUUCUUAUAGAGUCAAUUAAGAAUCUGCCUCUGCUGCCUCAUUUUUGGGUGCUGACCAACUGCUCUGCGCAAUGAUGCACUUUUGAAAAUGUCGUGCUGCUUGCCCACUUUCUGAGUAAAAGUAUAAUAGCUUCUCAGUUGGUCAGCAAGGGAUAAAAAUCAUUUUUCCCCAUCUUUACACCUUCAAUUUCUUUUUCAAUUUUUUAUUUCUUGGUUUUAUUAAAGUGGAAAUUUUCUUUUCUGUUAAAUCUGUUAGUAUGAUGAGAGAAUUACUACUUUGUACAUCGUGAUUUAUUUUUUAAAGGAGUCCCGUUUUAAUAUCUGAAUUGUGUUUAAUUUUUUGAGAAUUGUAAUACAUUUUCUUAGCUA